UACGCUCACCACAACGUGCGCGCUGCCGAUAUCCACACAGCGACCGUUAGCCGGGGCCGGGCAAAUGCGGUACCAAAGAGGAAAAAAAUCUGGCUGACCGUGCCGGCUGAUGUGAAAAGUCACAGUACCACGUCGAAAGUAGGAUUGCUAUCACACGCUUCGACCUGUCUACGGGAUAUGAGAAUCAUAAAUAGUCAUAGGGUGAUGGGCACGUCUGAUCAAUGAGUGAGAUUAGGGCCAUAUCUAAUGUUCCUGGAGCCUUGUCCUGAUAAUUGACUGACAGCAGAACCUUCAGUUCACCUCCCUCUGCGUGGCACCAUUUUUGCCACCACCGAGUCUUUGAAGGAAGAACAUCACUGAGGGAUCAGACACCCCCCCCCCUCCACACAUACCACAAAGACUCCUCUAGCACAUCACUUCACCCUCAUCUCCCCCCAAGAGGGAGAACACAGCAGCCACCAUGGUGCUGUCACAGAGACAAAGAGAUGAACUAAACCGGGCUAUAGCUGACUAUCUGCGUUCCAAUGGAUAUGAGGAGGCCUAUUCCACCUUCAAGAAAGAGGCAGAGUUAGAAAUGAAUGAAGAGGUAGAUAAAAAGUAUGCAGGGCUUUUGGAAAAGAAAUGGACCUCAGUCAUCAGAUUACAGAAGAAGGUGAUGGAGCUGGAGUCGAAGUUGAAUGAAGCGAAGGAGGAGAUGACACAUGGAGGAUCAGUGGGUCAGAAGAGAGACCCCAAGGAGUGGAUCCCCCGUCCCCCAGAGAGAUACGCCCUGAGUGGGCACCGCGCCCCAGUCACGCGUGUCAUAUUCCACCCCGUGUUCUCUGUCAUGGUCACAGCCUCUGAGGAUGCCACCAUCAAGGUGUGGGACUAUGAGGCAGGGGACUUUGAGCGAACCCUGAAGGGCCAUACAGACUCUGUACAGGACAUCUCCUUUGACCAGUCAGGAAAGCUGCUGGCUUCAUGUUCAGCUGACAUGAGCAUCAAACUUUGGGACUUUCAGGGGUUUGAGUGCAUCCGAACAAUGCAUGGCCACGACCACAAUGUGUCAUCUGUAGCCAUCAUGCCAAAUGGUGACCACAUAGUGUCUGCCUCCAGAGACAAGACCAUCAAGAUGUGGGAGGUGGCCACUGGGUACUGUGUGAAGACCUUCACCGGCCACAGAGAGUGGGUGAGAAUGGUGCGUCCCAACCAGGACGGCUCUUUGAUUGCCAGCUGCUCCAAUGACCAGACAGUUCGUGUCUGGGUGGUUUCCUCGAAGGAGUGCAAAGCUGAGUUGAGAGAGCAUGAACAUGUGGUUGAAUGCAUUGCCUGGGCCCCUGACAGUGCUCACCCCACCAUUCUGGAGGCCACAGGCUCAGAGAGCAAGAAGACUGGAAAACCGGGCCCUUUUCUCCUGUCUGGAUCCAGAGAUAAAACCAUUAAGAUGUGGGAUGUCAGCAUUGGCAUCUGCCUUAUGACUCUGGUGGGACAUGACAACUGGGUGCGUGGGGUGUUGUUUCAUCCUGGAGGAAGAUUCAUAGUGAGCUGUGCUGAUGACAAAACCAUACGGAUCUGGGAUUACAAGAACAAACGCUGCAUGAAGACCCUGUGUGCCCAUGAACACUUUGUGACCUCUCUGGAUUUCCACAAGACUGCUCCCUAUGUGGUGACUGGCAGUGUUGAUCAGACAGUCAAAGUCUGGGAGUGUCGCUGAGUCUGCCCCUGUUUCCACCCAAACUCCAAACCCUGCCCUGAAGUCCAGCACCUCAGCCCUCUUUCUUCUAUCCUGACACCUAGCCCAGCCCCUCACCUGUCGCACUCCAAACCAUAGUUGACCAUGGCGCUUUACCUUCUCCCUGUAUCCUGCCCUCUCCUUCAACUCCUCCCUAAUGGCAGUCCAGCCCUAUUAAGAUGACUAUUGUCCUUUUAUGUAAAUUAUUCUGGAUGUAGGGUACGCUUAAUACAUGUCACGCAAUCUCUGACACAUAAACACAGUGAAAAGAAGUAUUCCUUGCAUGGUGAGUCAAACAAAAAUUGUAUACUGUUCAAUUUGCCGAAUUUGCAUACUGUUGUCAUGCCUUCCUGUUGGGUUAAAAGGUAAAUAUCCUUGUGUGCUGGCACAGGUGGAUUUUGGACAAUAGACAGUGCACAAAAACCAGUGGUGCCCCUUGUUGAAGGGGUUUAGGUUUUGUUUAAUUUUGAUUUGCUCCAUACUUCUGUUGUUGUGGUCUGUCUCUGUGUGGAUGGUGUGAGGAAAGUAAGCAUAAGAGACAAUGAGUUGAAACUGUCUGGGAGAAGAUGACAACUUGAAGAAAAAAAUGGCGCAUGAUGUGGCUCCCUGGUUGCAUUACAUGAGGUUCUGUGGGCGAGUGCACAUGUACAUGUGUAUACAUGGUGUGAGUGUGUGUGUAUGUGUUUGUAUAAUAUGACAGGAGAAUCUGUUCACCAUCUCUGCUCCAAUGGCAAGUGGACAGAGAGGAGGCAGUUUCUCACAGACUGUAUUCGUUCCUACUACUACAUCUCUUUUAACAAACUUGCUUUCUAGUGGACACUCACAGGACCUUAAUGAUUCCUGAGCUGCUGAGAGCACAGACGUGACCCAUAACCGGUGUGUUUUACAGAGGAAAAAGUGUGCUCACCUUUUGAUGAGGUUUGUGUGUUGCCCAGUGCCCUCUCGCUCACUGUCUCUGCCUUGUUAACCCACUGAGGACUCCUUCACAUGGGACUUUCAUUCUGCUUUCUGUGGUCUCACUGCUCUCUCUACACACACAUACACUCACAAAUGCACAUACACGCACUGUAAAAGUUGUGUAUCAAUAUAUCUGGAUGUCAUUGUUUGCAGUAUAAUAAAAU